UAAUAAUAAUAACCCAAUGAAAGAUUCCUCCCCCCCUCUCUAUUUACAGAAAUGGGUUCUCUUUUCAAAUCCCUAUAAAUUCUUAAAUCCAUCUUAAUUAGAGCCUUCUACCGAAAAAAAAAAUCAUCUUUUUUGAGCUCAGCUCUCCGCUAGAUCCCAACUCCGCUCAACUCGGAGAUGAGGAUUUUGAGAGCAGCUUUCCGUCGAGACAUUCACGAGGAAUGAAGAUUUUGUGAUUCGAUUCUGUUGGGUUUCUUCUGGAUUUUGAUUAACAGAACCCCCAACAAGUCCCGUAUAAUUAGCCCGAAGAUUAAUGGGUAGCCAUCAUGAUGACGUCGAGGAAGAAUUCAGAAGCUGCUGCGAGGAUGAAGAGUGGCAAGAUACGGAGGAAUGCCUAGCUGAACUGCUCUCCUCGGACGAAGAAGUAGAAGAAGAUGCCGACGACGACGACGACGACGACGGAGCGUCGUCGGGUGAGAGCGAAGACGAAGACGGGGUCUCGUUGAGGGUUUUCUUUAAGGGGGUGUCCGUCUCCGAGGGGGGCGGGGGUUUGGGAGCGAAGGCUUCUGGGAUCGGAGUCGUCAUGGAGACGUCCGGCGGCGAUUCUGUCUUCAAGGUGCAGAAGAAGCUAGAUUUCUUUGUGGAUGUUUUGGUUGCUGAGCACCUAGCCCUCUUGGAUGGCCUGAUUGAGGCUCAGAGGAACGGUGUUCAGAGGAUCGUCGCGUUGACUGAUAACGAAGAGGUCUAUCAUCAGAUUGCUGAAGCAGUGCCACAUGAAGACCAGCUGUUAGUAGCUCUAGGAUACAGGAUACUCGAACUGUCUAAUGAUUUCGAAGCCUUUGUUCUGAAGCUAGUAUGUAGAUCUGAGCUUGUGCGGCCAUUGAAAUUAGCCCGAGAAGCAGUUGGCAUUUUAGAUGCAUCUAUUAACCAGUGUCUCGUCUGCUGCUGUGAGGAGAAGCAACAAUCUCAAAUUAUUAAGUUGAAAUGUUCCCAUAGUUUUUGUCUAAAUUGCAUGAUUGUUCAUGUGGAGGGAAAAUUGCAAGCUUUGCAAGUUCCGAUAAAAUGUCCCCAAGUAAGAUGCAAGUAUCACAUAUCGAAAAAUGCAUUCAAGUCCUUUCUUCCAAUUUCUUGCUAUCAAUCACUAGAAAGAGCCACAAUGGAAGCUAAAGUUCUCAACCUGGAUAGAGUCUAUUGUCCUUUCCCAGAUUGUUCAGUGCUUUUUAGUCCAGGACAACAUUCAGCUUCAAGGGCAAGUUCGUCGAAUCAGUAUGAGAUCAAUUGUGUUGAGUGUCAAGAAUGUUGUAGGCUUUUGUGCUCUAGUUGUGGUGUGCCAUGGCAUUCUUCAAUGAGUUGCGAGGAGUAUCAAAGUUUAUCCGUAGAGGAGAGAGAUGCCGGGGAUGCUAAUUUGCUCCGCUUGGCACAAAAUAACAACUGGAGGCGAUGCCAGCAGUGUAGGAGGAUGGUUGAGCUUACACAAGGAUGCUUCCGUGUAACAUGCUGGUGCGGGCACGAGUUCUGCUACUCCUGCAGUGCAGGAUACCACUCUGGCACCCAAACAUGCCAGUGCACAUUCUGGGGCGAUGAACAAGAAAGCUCCGAACCCUCCACUCCUUCAAACCACGAAGCUGACCAAUGGAGAUGGGAGCCUUUCGAUCCUCUUCCAUCAAUCACCGACAAUUACUCUGAGCAAGAACGAGCUCAACUUGCUCUCAUCCAAAGAUUUCUCGCUGGAGGAUUCGGCAUCAAUGAUGAUCAUCAUCAUAACCAAAUUCAAUCUCCUCCUAGAUGCUCAGACUCAUAUCUUGAUGCCAUUAAGGAUCUCAACCAGCUUCCUUGGCUUGAGAGGUUUGUUUCAGUUAUUAGUGAUAGCUAUCAUGAGGAUUAUAUCCAAUGAAGAGAGAAUAGAAGUUGUGGUUAAAAUUAUUUUUCGUGAAUAAGGUGUUUUUAAGGCCAUUGUUGAGGUGGUUGGUGUUAAAAGAUUACAAUUAUCAUCUUAUUGAAGAGAUAUGCUCAGAGAAUUGUAGAUUGGGAGCAUUUUAUGUUUGAUUACAGUGGUAAUUAGUUGGGGAGCAGGUUUGAUGAACAUUGUGCGAAAAAUAUAUAUGCUGCAAAACUAAAAUAAUUUGCAAAAUUUGUUAAGGA